GCUAUCUUCCCGCGACUAGGCCGGCUGGCGGCGGCGGCGUUUCCUGGUGACCGAGGCGGGGCGCCGAGGAGAUGGGCAGCCGAGAGGUGCUGGGCCAGGCGGCCCGGCUGGCCUCCUCCGGUCUGCUCCUGCAGGUGUUGUUUCGAUUGAUCACCUUUGUCUUGAAUGCAUUUAUUCUUCGCUUCCUGUCGAAGGAAAUCGUUGGCAUAGUGAACGUGAGGCUAACACUGCUUUACUCGACCACCGUCUUCCUGGCCAGAGAGGCCUUCCGUAGAGCAUGUCUGAGUGGGGGUGCCCAGCGAGACUGGAACCAGACCUUCAACCUCUUGUGGCUAACGGUCCCCCUGGGUAUGUUUUGGUCCUUGCUCCUGGGCUGGGUGUGGUUACAGUUGCUGGAAGUGCCUGAUCCUAAUGCCGUCCCCCACUAUGGAAGUGGAGUGGUGUUGUUCGGUCUUUCGGCUGUGGUGGAGCUUCUGGGAGAGCCCUUCUGGGUCUUGGCACAAGCACAGAUGUUUGUCAAGCUCAAGGUGAUUGCUGAGAGCCUGUCGGUCAUCCUCAAGAGUGUCCUGACAGCUUUUCUUGUGCUAUGGUCGCCUCACUGGGGGCUAUACAUUUUCUCUUUGGCCCAGCUUUUCUAUACUGCAGUUCUGGUGCUCUGCUAUGUUAUUUAUUUCACAAAGUUAUUGGGCUCCUCAGAAUCAACCAAGCAACAGACUCUUCCUGUCUCCAGAAUGACAGAUAUGUUACCCAGUAUGACAAGAAGUAGAGCUUUUGUAAAUUGGAAAGAGGCUAAACUGACUUGGAGUUUUUUCAAACAGUCUUUCUUGAAGCAGAUUUUGACAGAAGGCGAGCGAUAUGUAAUGACCUUUUUGAACGUGUUAAAUUUUGGCGAUCAGGGUGUAUACGAUAUAGUGAAUAAUCUUGGCUCCCUUGUGGCCAGAUUAAUUUUCCAGCCAAUAGAGGAGAGUUUUUACAUAUUUUUCGCCAAGGUGCUAGAGAGAGGAAAGGACGCCACACUUCAGAAGCAGGAGGACAUGGCUGUGGCCGCCACCGUGUUGGAGUCCCUGCUCAAGCUGGCCCUGCUGGCCGGCCUGACCAUCACCAUUUUUGGCUUUGCCUAUUCUCAGCUGGCUUUGGAUAUCUAUGGAGGAGUCAUGCUUAGCUCUGGAUCAGGUCCUGUUUUGCUGCGUUCCUACUGUCUCUACGUCCUCCUGCUUGCCAUCAACGGAGUGACCGAGUGUUUCACAUUUGCUGCCAUGAGCAAAGAGGAGGUCGACAGGUACAAUUUCACAAUGCUGGCCCUAUCAUCUGCAUUCCUGGUGUUAUCCUACCUCCUGACCCAGUGGUGUGGCAGUGUGGGUUUCAUCUUGGCCAACUGCUUUAACAUGGGCAUUCGGAUCACACAGAGCCUUUGCUUCAUCCACCGCUACUACCGAAAGAGCCCUCAUAGGCCCCUGGCGGGUUUGUGCCUAUCACCGGCCCUCCUCGGAGCAUUCGCCCUCAGUGGUGGGAUUACUGGUAUUUCUGAGGUGUUGCUUUGCUGUGAGCAGGGCUGGCCAGCCAGGCUGGCGCACAUUGCCGUGGGGGCCCUUUGCUUGGGAAUGACUGUUGGGACAGCGUUCCUCACAGAGACCAGGCUGAUCCACUUUGUUAGGACUCAGUUAGGUGUGUCCAGACUGGCUGACAAAACCUUGUGACCGCAGAGGCGUGGACACCUGUGGCACCUGGACCAGCCACAGGGCAGUUUUGUGCAGGUGCAGAAGAGCCCUGCUGGGGGUCUGCAGUGGAGUAGGACUGACCCAGGCAGGUGACACGUCGGAGAGCUGCCGGAUGAACACUGUCCGUUCGAACCUCCCAACGGGAAGGAGGAGCUCCGCUUCUAAGGGAAGACCAAAAAGCUCUUUUAAAAUCAAUACGUUAUUUUUGUCACCAGUCUGUUCUAAUCAGUAUUUUUCCCUUUGAUUAAUGUAUUCCUUUCUGCUGUGAUUGACCUAAGGUGCCACACACACCAGCAAACUAUCUCCUGGACGUUAUAGUUAACAUCCUGGCCCGGAAACAGAUGUGGCCACUUGACCCUUCACAGGAACAUGGAACUUACUCCGUAAGAGAAGGAAGGAGACCUGAUGUUAUGCACCAAAUUAGAACAGAGAUGGCCCUGGAGUUGUGGCUUUCCCCAUGUCAGCACUGUGGUCUGGGUUUUUAGAGAGGGAACAACGUUCCUCAAUGAGAAACCCAAGAAAUGAAAACGCGGAGUCUUUUGGGUCGCAUUUCCCGGAGUUAGCUAGGAGGAGUCACACACCUCAUCUUGGCUGCUGUGCACCCCAGACCACGGUUUCCAGAUUCAUUGCAGGCUGGCUCAAGACCCCCAGCUUGGCCCCCUGCAAGAAGGCUCUGAGGGAGCGGUGACCCGGUGUGAGCUUCCUUGGCCCCUGAAGGGAGCGCUGCUCUCGCGGAGAUUGCACAGAUGGCAGCUGAGGCAGAAGUGGGGUAUUUUUUUCCUUCAGAAUAAAAUGGGGUGCUUUCUGUGUGGCAAGCCCCUCCCUCCGACCCAUUGCUUCCAGCACUUCUCAGUAACCCUGAAUGCCAGCUUCCGGACAAGAGUGGCAGGCCUGGGGAUCUGGUCCUCCAGAUGAUGGUCUGAGCCCUGCAUCCCGCACCCUCCAGCCAGCAGGCAACAUCAUCGGGCAUCGUUCUCAGGUGGCAAAGCAUUUUUCUUCUUUCACUAAUAUAUUAAUUCCUUUUGGGUAUCAUUGA